CGCUCCCGAAGCAAACGUAUAUUUAUUUCAUUUCAACUUAUUGCACCGUGUGUACUACAUACUAGUCAGUACUAGAGAACCUAACACACAUAUGUCCAUAUCGCGAGUAUAGUGUAAUAAUUAGAAAAUAUAGAGAUUACAAUCGUGUUACGCUAAUGAUGAAGAAUGACGAAAUGUUACAUAAAGUGGAAGAGCAAAAUUCUCAGAUGGCAUGCGAAGAUAAUAUAUCCAAUAUAGGACCAAUAAUGCAACCUCAGAAUAGUUCAGCGUUUCUUAUAGUUUUAACAUUUGCAUGCGAAGCUUUAAUAGCGUGUGCAAGACAACUCGAUAUAAUGGAUGGAGAAUGUAGUGAUGGAAAUUAUGGAACCACACUUGCACAUAGUGCCAGUGCCAUAAAAUUAGCAAUCAAGGAAGGGAGAAUUUUAGCAACGAGACCUUUUAUAACAUUUGUACAAAUAAGCCAUGUUAUUGAAAAAGAAAUGGAUAGCUUAGAAGGUGGAAUAUACUCGUUAUUUUUUUAUACUGCUGCUAAAAGUUUUCUUAAGUUUCGAAAUGAUGAUCAAGUGACUGUUGAUAUGUGGUUAACCGCUCUAACAUCUGCAAAUAAGAUGAUAUCUGAAGUUAGUGGAACAUCAAUUGGUGAUCGAACCAUGUUAGAUGCUUUGAUACCUGCGGAAAAUAAAUUAAGAGACGCAUUAAAAUCUGGUUUAAAUCCUAUCAAUGCAUUCGGAGAAGCUGUCAAAGCUGCUGAAACUUUUGCUAUGCAAACUAUGCAUAUGUCGGGAUCUCUCUCUACAUUCAAAUAUCCACAUCCUGGAGCGCAUGCUGUAGGCAUAUGGAUGAGAGCUGCUUAUGAAGAAAAUGGACAAGAUGAAUGCGAAGGUUGUCAAAGCAUUGGGAAUGUUAAAUAUUUAAGUAACGAACAUGAAACAAGAACAUCAUUUUUGUCUGCUCAGCAAUCAUUAAUGCAAGAUAUUGGAAACCUGCUAAAGCAUGCUUGCGUUAGGAGUCUAAGUUGUGAAGUGCAUCCUGGUAAAGAAGGUGUUUGCUACUUUGGAGAUGAAUACAGGGGGCAUGUUUUAAGUCAUACUUUUACAUUGAAAGAUGCCCAGGCAAGAGGAUUUAGAAGAUGGUGCAGUUUUAUCGUUUUUAUGAGAGAUAAACAAUUUUUGUUGAAUAUGUGGCCAUUUUUGAUUGACAAUUUAAAAGAGGUAAUUAGGGAACUACAAGAUUCUGCAGAGAGAAGAUAUAACGUAGAAGAAGCAGAAUGUCCACAAAGAGCAAUGAGAUUGACGACAGCAAAUGAUGGAAUGGGCUGUCAUAGCACUUCUAUUAAACAAUCUAGAACACUUACCGAUAUAACAAAUGAAAAGCAUGUUUUUGUAAGAAUUCACAUGUGGUUAGUAUGGAUUCUCAGUGCUGGUGGGAGACAUUUUAUAGAAAUUUUCCCAAUGAGUUUAUUAGACGAUGAACUUAAUUAUAAUUUUGAACAUCAAAUUGAAACUGAAGAAGGUUUUACUUUAUUGAACGCAAAAUUGCCAGUAAAUUUUAAUUUUAACUGGGAUGAUUCUGAACUUUUGCCAGAAUUUUCUGAAAUUGCGGAAAGAUCUACUGCUGUAAUUUUACGAAACUUAAAACGAGUACUAGGGAAAGAUCAGUUUAGGCAAUUGCUGUAUUCCUGUUUAACUGGUGUUCAAGUCUUGGUGAGAGGUCCAAAGAUUCAUAGAUUGGAAUCUUUGUAUGGACUUAGCAGUCUUGUUCCAAGAGCAUGUCGACGGGUAAAAAUACAAACAUUGGAAUACAUGGAUCCUGACACAUGUAAUUUUAUCGGUGUAGAUACCUCAGUAGCAGUUCCCUUACCUUGUGCAACUGUAUGCAGAUUAGACAUAAUACUUAAUGAACACAAAAUUGAGAAUGCAAAAUCCCAUAUAGUUAAAUGGACCGGUUCUUUACCAACAAAACUUCCAACUCUGUUAACAAAAAUUGAAAAAUCACUCGAUAAUGAAAAACUUGGGAAUUCAGUUCUUAAAGCACACUUUACGACUCUUCAGGAAGAAUGGGCAAACAUUGCAAAAGUUGUUCAUGCAAUGCGUGGACGAGGCCAUUGUGGCGAUCUUUCUGGACUCAUGGUUAGUUUGGGUGCUGGACCUCAGGAUAAAAAGUUACUGGAUGCAUGGUCUAUGGGAUUACCAUCUAACCCAGCAUAGUUUAUAAAAAUUAAUUUGUUUUUAUUGUGUAU